AGUGCAGCUCUCCAUCCAGUUGUCCCCGACGCCUCCCUCGCACGCACGGUCCUCGAAAUGCCACAAAUGCCUCCGCUCGCGCGUGAAUCCUCCCUUCCCGAAUGGCCAAACCCCUGCUACUACCCCUGACCGACGAAUCGAUCCUCUUCCCCUGACGGCAGCCGGGCACUCGCGCCUCCUCCCGCCGCCGCCAGAAUCCUUCUCUCGUUGGUGCGCUCAUCGCCACAUCCGCUCGACUGCUCCACCGGACUGCUGCCGGAGUGGGGGAUCCGCCCGUACUUUGAUUGGUUUCUUCAUUUCUCGUGCCUUCUUCAUCCUGGAUAAAUCAUGAAGUCCAUUGGCUUCAUUGGAUCGAGAGCAUUGUCUAUUCUUGGGGUUGGUGCUUCUGGCCUUUUAAGCUUCGCUACGAUAGCAUCUGCAUCAGAUGAAGCGGAGCAUGGGUUGGAAGCCCCAAACUAUCCCUGGCCACAUGCUGGCAUUCUUAGCUCUUAUGAUCAUGCAUCAAUAAGGCGUGGACAUCAAGUUUAUCAACAAGUAUGUGCCUCCUGUCACUCAAUGUCUUUGAUUUCAUACCGGGAUCUGGUUGGUGUUGCCUAUACGGAAGAGGAAACAAAGGCAAUGGCUGCUGAGAUUGAGGUGGUUGAUGGUCCUAAUGAUGAAGGUGAAAUGUUCACACGCCCAGGUAAGCUGAGUGACCGUUUUCCACAACCAUAUGCAAAUGAGCAAGCAGCUCGAUAUGCAAAUGGUGGGGCAUACCCCCCAGACCUCAGUCUAAUCACAAAGGCCAGACACAAUGGCCAGAACUACGUGUUUGCUCUUCUCACUGGUUAUCGUGAUCCACCUGCUGGUGUUUCGAUUCGUGAAGGCUUGCAUUACAAUCCCUACUUUCCUGGUGGCGCCAUAGCGAUGCCCAAGAUGUUGAUGGAUGGAGCAGUUGAGUAUGAAGACGGAACUCCUGCAACAGAGGCCCAGAUGGGCAAAGAUGUUGUCUCAUUCCUAUCAUGGGCGGCGGAGCCUGAGAUGGAAGAAAGAAAGCUGAUGGGAGUCAAAUGGAUUUUCCUGCUCUCGCUCGCGCUUCUGCAAGCUGCAUACUACCGGCGCAUGAAGUGGUCCAUCUUCAAGUCCCGCAAGCUGGUCCUUGAUGUGGUUAACUGAGGACUGGUGCCUCAUUUCUUCAAGGAUCCAGUCCAUAAUUUGAAGUAUAUGGAAUAACCUGUAUACAUUUCGCAUGCCUGAAAUGUAUAUUUCUUGUUUACCAUUACCCUCAGCUGUGGGGGACUGGGGGUUGCUGUUUUCGGAUUUUGCCCGGAUAAUGCUACCAGCUAGCAUAUAGUAGAAUGUAUGUAUAUAUAGUCGAUACAGCUUUGAAGUCAUGAUAUGUUUGUGCUUUUGAACUCCUGCAAUGUUCAGUGUUUCACUGGGGAAAUAAAUUGUUUACGCUACCUCUUUUGCUA